CGAGGCGUCGUGGCUGAACGACCUGCCACAGCGAAUUUGCAACGCUCAACCAGUGAACCACAGCUCUCCCGACCACGAAGCGAACAGAGAUCUUCCCGAUUCUCGAAGGAUGAGCUUCAGUGUUUCAAACGAAUCCCAAAUCCAUCAAGUCAUUUCGAGCAGACGAACCAAACCUACUGGCAAUCAGCUGGUGAAUUGCGACAAAAUCUCUCCAAAGAGAACUGGCACAUGCUGCCAGUGUUGAAGGGCAAAUUUUUUCAGCAUCCUAAGCUGAAGAGCCUGGCAGGGCCAAGCGCAGCUGAGAAGGCGAAAGAAGAAGAGAGGCGAAAGAAGGUCGAAGCUUCGAAGAAAAAAUCCGAAGAGGUCGAACCCUUGCCCAGCGAACCAGAAGUUAGCUAUGUUCUGGACCGGAUCUUUCCUCGCAAUUGCGACAGGAAGGAAAAGGAUGAAAGAAAAGAAAUACAAAGAGAGAUGAGAGAGCGACGAACGUCGAUGCUGGAAAUGUACAGUUUUAUGGGUCGCAGGUCUUCGAUGUCUCCCAGUUCCUCGAAAGACAUUCGUUCGAAGGAACGGCGAGAUUCUCGCAAAGGACCGUCGAGUGGAGCUCGUCCUACCGUCUGGAACGACCGAAUCUCGACGUCUUUGGGAUCGUUCACUUCGUUUGGAACCACUCGCAAUCCCAUGGAAGAGUUUCGCACCAAGCUACUGGAGAAGUUCACAACGAUCAAAGAAGCAUUUGAGACCUUCAUGAAAGACUUGCCUGAGCGGCAGAUCACAAAGCUUGAGUUAGCACGUUCAUUGGCUCGUUUUGGUUUUGAAUGGCAAUCCAAACAGGUGAGAGAUUCGAUUUUUGAUCGUUUGGAUUUCAAAUCGAUUGGUCGAGUGACGAUGGUUGGUUUCUAUGUGUUGGUUGAAGCUUCAGCUCCGGUGCGUUCGGUGGAAGAUCUCCGGAGACGUUGGUUGGCAAGUCGUUUUACCAUGACCCAAGCGAUCAUGACGAUGGUGGAUCAUUCGACUUUGGCUUUGACUCAUCGGUUCACUUUGCAUGAAUUUGGAAGUCGCUUACAAUUAGUCAAUGUGAAUGAUCCAGAGGAACAUUUGGCACUCUUCAAUGCCGUGCUUCAUGAGAAAGAGAAGGAUUCGAAGGAAAGAGAAAAAGGCGAAAAAGGCGACUUCGAAAGGAUUCGAAGAGAUAAAGGAGAUGAAAAAAGAGAGAAAGGCCACGGUCCUUCCAUCACCGUGGGGGACUUGGCGGCUGCUUUAGCGGUCGUCUCUCCUUGUCUUCUCUUAGAAGAUUUGAGAGAUAAGUUGCAGAAACGUUACAAUGGUGAUUUCAAGAAGGCCUUUAGUGAUAUGGAUUUGGAUCGAAGUGGUUCGGUGAACGAACAUGAAUUCACGGUGAAGAUCAUGCGGAAUUUGCAUUUGACCGAGCACGAGGCCCGGAAGAUGUUCCGGGAGAUCGACGUGGACGCCUCGGGCGAGAUCAGCCGCAACGAGUUCGUGUCGGCCAUCGGUCUGUCGGAGCCCUCGUUGUUCCUGGAAGAUUUGAGGAAAAAGGUUCGACAACGUUUUAGAAGCUUCAAAGCACAAUUUGCCGAUGCGUUUCAAGAUAGUGCUCUCAAUGAUUGUGCUUCUGCACCAAGACUUGUGUUGAAGCACUUUCAAGAGCUCUUGUUGCCUCUCUCCAUGAGCGAAAAGGAAACCAAAGUUCUUUUCAACUUGAUUGAUAUCGAUCACGAUGGCCGCCUUUCAAUCCGAGAAUUUGUAAAAGGUGUGAGGCACUUUGCUCCUGCUUCUGUCCUCGAAGACUUGAGGGUGCGUUGCUGUCAGCAACACGACCGCAUUAGCGAUCCCUUUGUCACCAUCGACUACAACCAGCUUUUCAACAGCAUGAGCUUUGCACAGAAGAUGCUGGACAUUGGCCUUUGUGACAUCAGCCGCCAUUGCCCUUCAGAUCCUCGACUGGCCGAGCUCCAGGUUGGCGUCCCUGCCCAAGCUUUGUUCGAUAUUUUGGACGUGGCCAACAAUGGCGAGGCCGUGUUGGCGCACAUUUUCUUGAUCGUUUCUGUAAACGGGAAUGAUUUCCGCCAACACCAGUGA